AUGCCUCGCCGGAGACUUGCGGUGGUGGAUGUUCUCUUCACUGACAUCCCACUCCCCCCGCAGGAUGACCCCUGCUUUCUCCGCAUCCCCACUGUCAUCAACUUCGAGGAUAACUCCUCCCCGGCUCUGCUCCACAUCUCCUCCCACGUGUGCUCCUUCUGCGACAAUAAUCACCGCGACGCUAACAACGAGAUUUUCCCCACCAAGCGCAGGCAGCGCUUGACCAACAAGCAGCAGCUCUCGUUUGCCCAACUGCAGCAAGCCAACAGCGUUGCGCGCAACACUUUUAACCCCCCCAGCCCGCCUCUUCUCUUCUUACCCUCCUUUCUCCGAACACCCCAUCUCUCCCUCAUGCCCGUUUCUAUGCUCAUGCCAACCUCCUUGCUUACGGGCUAUGACUGCAGCCCUCCCCUCACCCCUAACCCUCCUUUACCCUCCUUGUCCUCCCUACCCCGUGGGCGACCCCACUUCCUUCUCAGGCCAGCCGCUCGGCUCAUGGACCGCGCUUGCAGCCCUCCUCUCUCCCCAAACCCACCUCUUCCCUCCCUGUUAUCCUCACCUGAAACCUUGACCCACCUCCCACUCGGGUCUACUGCUCUUGGCCCCCUGCCUGGCCCUUCCCUCGCUUCCCCUCCUCCCCCGUUUUCAGCCCAGAAUUCCUCCAUGGGCAGCCAAUUGCUCGGCUCCCGCGCCGCGCCUGCAGCCUUCCGCAACGAUCCCGGGCUGCUCUACAUUGGUCUCGACGUGGACGCCGAGCCAUGGACUUGUGCCUUGCGGCGCCGCUCUCGACUCGGCUAUGGCCCACAUCGCUUCUGA